AUGGAAUCGUCUGAGAGACCCCUCAAACGCAUCAGGCAAGCAUGCGAGCCGUGCCGGCGCAAGAAAUCACGCUGUCCUGGGGAGAAGCCGGUGUGCUCCCAUUGCGCGCGGCUGGGACAA